AUGUCGAAGUUCCCGGUGCCGUUGAGAACGAUUGGUGGGCUCCGUCCAUCGGCCACCGCCGCCAUUUCAGCGGCCAAUAUCGGUUUCACACAAUCGAGCCGCGCCUUGAACACCUCUACGAAGAGCUCCGCUCUCGUUGGACAAGUUGCUCGCCAAUACCCAAAUGCGGCCGCUUUCAGCAUUAAGCAGGUUCGCCUUUACAGCAGCAACAACCUGCCAAAGCACAACCGAGUAGCUCUCCCAGCGCUGUCGCCAACUAUGGAACUCGGAACUGUUGUCAGUUGGCAAAAGAAAGAAGGAGAUCAGCUCAGCGAGGGAGAUUUGCUCUGCGAAAUUGAAACCGACAAGGCCACUAUGGGAUUCGAAACUCCAGAAGAGGGAUAUUUGGCCAAGAUUUUGAUUCAAGAAGGAUCGAAAGACGUUCCAAUUGGAAAACUUCUCUGUAUCAUUGUUGAAAAUGAAGCCGAUGUCGCUGCUUUCAAAGACUUCAAGGAUGAUGGAGCUGCCGCCGGAGGAGAUUCAUCCGCUAAGAAAGAAUCUGCUCCUGAACCACCAAAGCAAUCCUCCCCACCAGCUGCUUCUUCUCCACCAACUCCAAUGUACCAGGCUCCAUCUAUCCCAAAGUCUGCUCCAAUUCCACCACCAUCAUCCGGAAGAGUUUCCGCUUCUCCAUUCGCAAAGAAACUUGCCGCUGAGCAAGGACUCGACUUGAGCGGUGUUUCUGGAAGUGGACCAGGAGGAAGAAUUCUUGCUUCCGACCUUUCGCAAGCUCCAGCUAAAGGAGCUACAUCAACGACAAGCCAGGCGUCUUCUGGCCAAGAUUACACUGAUGUUCCAUUGUCAAAUAUGAGAAAGACUAUUGCUAAGAGACUCACUGAGAGCAAGUCGACGAUUCCACAUUAUUAUCUUACUAGUGAAAUUCAAUUGGAUACUCUUCUUCAAGUUCGUGAGAAACUCAACGGUCUUCUCGCGAAGGGAACAUCUGGACAUGCUACCAAAAUUUCCAUCAACGACUUCAUCAUCAAGGCAUCUGCUCUUGCCUGCCGACGUGUUCCAGAAGCCAACAGCUACUGGAUGGACUCCUUCAUCCGUGAGAACCAUCACGUCGACGUCUCAGUGGCCGUCAGCACUGCAGCCGGUUUGAUCACUCCAAUCGUCUUCAAUGCUCACGCCAAGGGACUCGCCACUAUUGCCUCCGAAGUUACCGAGUUGGCACAGAGAGCUCGUGAAGGAAAGUUGCAGCCACACGAAUUCCAAGGAGGUACUUUCACUGUCUCCAACCUCGGAAUGUUCGGAUCGGUCUCUGACUUCACUGCUAUUAUCAACCCACCACAAUCAUGCAUUUUGGCCAUUGGAGGAGCUUCCGACAAACUGAUUCCAGAUGAAGCUGAAGGAUACAAGAAGAUCAAGACCAUGAAGGUGACACUGUCAUGCGAUCACCGAACUGUCGACGGAGCUGUUGGAGCCGUCUGGCUUCGUCACUUCAAGGAGUUCCUCGAGAAGCCACACACCAUGCUUCUCUAA